GACAAUGUCGAUAAAGCCACUUUCGAACAGAUCCUCGACAUGGACGAGGAAGACGACCGCGAUUUCAGCAAAUCCAUAGUUUUCGGCUUCCUAGAACAGGCAGAACAGACCUUCGGAAAGAUGGAUACUGCAAUGAAGGAAAAAAAUCUCCCUGAACUUUCCAGCCUAGGUCACUUCCUCAAAGGAUCAUCUGCUACCUUGGGUUUCACCAAAGUCAAGGACGAAUGCGAGAAGAUACAACACUAUGGCCACAAGAAGAACGAGACGGGCGAGGUCGACGAGCCUGAUGAGGACAAAUGCCUGAAACUCUCCGGCGAGAGCAUUGCAGAAGCUAAGCGCGCCUACGAAGUUGUCAAUGGCCUGAUGAAACAAUUCUACGCCGAAGCAUAA